ACGACUGCUCGAAAAAAUUGCCUUCGUCGAAAUGGGUAAAAGUGAACAUGACGUCAAUGAUUAUUACGAGGAAUUACAAGAUCAGGAAAAGGUUAUCGCUGUUUUGGAGAGUGAAGCUGCUGAAAAGAAUAUUGAUCUUCGUUUGAAAGACAGAAUUGAGACUACUAAGUACGAAGUCAAAUCUGCUGCUGAAGCUCAUUUAGAUUGGCAGCCUUCUAAGGUAUCCUAUGACGGGGUAUUGACAUUCGUUUGCUGUGACGAGACUAAGUCGUUCUCCCUAAGCAAGCCAGAGAUAUGGAAAACGUUAGUUGAAAGAAUAGAUUUCCUUUACGCGCCUGGAAGUCAUCUAAAAGUACGAGAUGGAAUUAGUGGAGAAAAUUGUGGAUCCAUGAUAAUGACAACAGCAGCAAUGAGCUAUCUUUCAAAAUCUCAACACCACAAUUUCCUGGCUGUAAGAACAAGACGUCAAGAGAAAUUGGUGGAAUUUCUAAAGCAAGGAAUACAAAUCUGGAUGCUUUCAAGUAAACAAAAUAUUACUAUAGCGUAA